ACAAAAACAUACAAAAGUAAAAGAAUAAAACGCAAAGUCACAACAAAACAAACAAAACAUUUUCCGGCUCCGGCGACAUUAACAGAACUGCUCGACAUCGACAAUUUGUUUUAUCAAUUUUCAACAAGGCCAACAACACAGCAACAACAACAACAACAACAAUAGCCAACAAACCAACAAACAACAAAAGCGCCCAGAGUGCUUAGCCGCGCUCGCGCCAAGCACGCACGCCACCACCACGAACAGCACCAGCAGCACCCACCAUCUCCAUAUCCACAUCCACAUCCGCGUCCGCAUCCAUCUUCAGCUCCACCCAACGCCCAAUACCCAACCCCUUGCCAAGUGCUCGCACAGCAUCCGCCUGCUCCAGCUUCCAUAGUAUCCUUGCAGCGCGCCGGCACCCCCCACAGUGAGCACUCACACUCGCGACCUGCCGUUGCCGUUGCCGUUGCCGUAGCCAGUUCCCGUUAGCAGUUCAGCGACAAAGACGAACGCGACAAUGGCUGCAUAUGCGCAGUUUGGAUAUGGUUACCCGUCGGCAAAUCAGUUACUCGGUGGUGCGGCGGCAACCACUGGCGACAGCCAGAGCGGACAUGGUGGGGGCUCGGUGCCCUCGCCGCUGUCCGGCACAAACGAGGCCUCUCUCAGUCCCUCGGGCGGCUCAACUGCAACGGGCAUCACCGGCCCGGUCAGUCCAGGUGCAAUUUCUCAGUCGUCUAACAAUGCGGGCCCGACUGCAGCAGCGGCCACGUCGCCGACGGAUGCAGAUGCAGUCGGCAGCGAUGUAACCGGCGCUACAGAAACAGAUCCAGCUGUCAGCGGCGGCGGCGGCAGUGCUCUAGAUGCCCAUGUCCGUGCAGCGAAUAGCAUGUCCUGCUGCGAAAACGGACGACCGAUCAUCACGGAUCCCGUCUCGGGCCAGACAGUCUGCUCGUGCCAGUACGAUUCGGCGCGUCUGACGCUCGGCGGCUACUCUCGCAUGGCAUUGCCCUCGGCUGGCGUAGGAGUUUACGGCGGCCCGUAUCCCUCUAACGAGCAGAACCCCUACCCCAGCAUCGGCGUGGACAACUCGGCCUUCUAUUCGCCUCUGAGUAAUCCCUACGGCAUGAAGGAUACCAGCUCGGGCACCGAUAUGAACGCUUGGACCUCAGCUGGCCUGCAAUCAACUAGUGGCUAUUACUCCUACGAUCCCACUCUGGCCGCUUACGGCUACGGGCCAAACUAUGAUCUCGCCUCGCGCCGCAAGAAUGCCACGCGUGAAUCGACGGCGACGCUGAAGGCGUGGCUGAGCGAACACAAGAAGAAUCCAUAUCCGACGAAGGGCGAGAAAAUUAUGCUGGCCAUCAUCACGAAGAUGACGCUAACCCAGGUCUCGACAUGGUUUGCGAAUGCGCGACGCCGUCUGAAAAAGGAGAAUAAAAUGACGUGGGAACCAAAAAACAAGACGGAAGACGAUGACGACGGACUGCUCUCGGAUGAUGAGAAGGAGAAGGAGCCCGGCGAGGCCACCAAGCUGCAAGCCAGCGACACAUUUGAUCCCGGCAAUCAGCGUAUCAAGUCCGAGCUGACCAAGACAGAGAAGGAUCUGGACAUCGAGGAGAAGCUGGAGCGGGAGCCGCAAAACUUGCUGGCCAUCCGUGGCCUGCCACCGUAUGGUGCGCCCAAUUUCAAUGCCCAUCCGGCGCACUCCUACAAUCCCUACGCACAUGCCCACGCCCACGCUCACGCCCAUGCACACCAGCAACAUCAGCAGCAGCAGCAGCAGCAGCAGCAACAGCAGCAGCAGCAGCAGCAGCAACAGCAGCAGCAGCAGCAGCAUCAGCAGCAGCAGCAGGAGCAACAACAACAGCAUCAGCAACAGCAGACGGCAGCCGUUUAUUACAAUCCUGGCUACGUGCAGGGCCAUGGCCAGGAGGGAGUUGUGGCUGCCAGUGAAUACGCCCUUCAAAAAAACCAGCUGAGCAGAGACUGUGGCAUACCGGUGCCGGCGAGCAAGCCCAAAAUCUGGAGUGUGGCCGACACAGUCGCCUGCAAGACACCACCGCCUACGGCAUAUCUCGGCCAGAACUUCUAUCCACAGCAGCAGCAGCAGCUGCAGCAGGCACAGUCGAGCCUGGUGCCAGAUUCACCGACGACCCAGCUGCAUCCGGAGCAAUCGCUGACGCUGAUGGGGCCGCAAGUCGAGCUCGGUUCGCCGCUGAGUAUGAUGAGCAGCUACGCCGCCGCAUCGCCAUAUUCGCGGAUACCUACGGUGUACACCGAGGCCAUGGGCAUGCAUACCAAGACGCCUAUCAAUAUGCAUCGCGACCUAUCCCAGCUCCAGGUGCAUUCCAGCUCGAGCCAGGCGCCCUAUCUGCCCCAUUCGCAGCAGCAGAGGGUGGGGUUUUCCGAGAUACAGCCCGAUACACCGCCGCAGACGCCGCCAAAUAUGAAGCUGAUCAGUCACAGCAACAACAGCACCAGCAACAACAACACCAGCAACAGCAGCAGCAGCAACAGCAGCAACAACAGCAACAGCAACAGCAGCUCUACGCUGCAUUCCGGUCCCGGCCCGGUACCAAUAGCAUCCAUGGGUUCAAUGCUUUACAAUAACAACAUCUACAACAGUAGCACUAGCUAUCUGACGAGCAGUCGAUCCAACUCCUAAUUGGAUAAGGCUAUGGAUGGCGGAGGGGGAUGGCCUUAAUAGAUGCCGAUACCAAAUAUUUUAGUAACCAGGCCCAAGUGGACAAGUGCAAAUAUCGCCGGCAAUCGUUAAGCGUUAGCGAUAGCGAUAGCGAUAACGAUAACGAUAACGAUAACGAUACCACACUAAUUAUUUUGCAAUAAAUGUAGCUUAAGCAUGGCAAUAAAAAGUUUAUUUCCUACCAUAUCGUAAAUUAUUUCACUUUAUAACUUUAAUUAGCAUAUUCACACUCAUCAAUUUAAGCAGCCAGACUACCCGGACGACAGACAACAGUUUGUCAUGCAGUGGGAUUUGUUUGACUCAUUCAUUCAGUCCCCGCCAUCUCCCCUCGUUUUGGGUUUAAUGACUCGAACAUGCUGACAGUACACGGCUCCAAGACGACUUGGAACAUUUCUCAGCUCAUUCAGACAUAAGUUGAGCUCUCCCUCCCUCUCCCCCCUCCCUCUCACUCUCUCUUUCUCUUGUUCUGUAUAUAAAGUUGUUUAUACAGUUAUUUAAUUACUACCUUUACGUAUAAGCACGCAUUCAUAUGCGAUAAUAUCUUUAAGAGAGAACCUACAACUAUUUAAGUUAGAAAUGCGCAAAAAUAUCGGAAACACUAUAAAACUAAUUAACUUGUAAUAUGGAUAAAAGAGUGCUUGAGCUGAUUUAUUUAAUAGAAGGAAAUGUCAUUUUUGAUAGCCUCAAAUAAAAAACAAACCUUGAUAGCCAGUGUUUUCUGUGAUAUAUCCAUAAAAACAACUCGAGAGUGGGAAAACCAUUAAAAUGUAUUCAAAUCAUUUGCACUUACCAUGUAAAUAUGUGCAUCUGUAUUCACAAUUGAUGUAAGCACAUGCGUACUAUGAUGUAUGGCUUCACAAACACACUUGUAUAAUCACUUCUUCUUGCUAGCUAAUUCCCUUAGUUAACCUUAAG